CCCACAUUACUUCCAUAAUAUGCAAAUGACGCGUCGGUGUGUCUGUCUGGAUCACUGGCUGUGUGUACGGAACAGGGAAGGGGUAUAUAAAGCCUCGAUACCAUCAAGGAAGAUAUUCGCAGUCUUGUCUUGUAUCAUCAAACAUGAAGACCUCCAUUGUUGUUCUUGUUUUGGGUGCCGUUAUGGCGGCUGUUAUGGCAGCACCACCUCCACUGGAGAAGAAAUACGACGGCUACUUCCAAUAUGCUAACGUACCCGGAGAGAAAGAAUACGAAUUCGGUUUCAACCGCGGCAAUGCUGCCCAUUACGCUUCCCGUUACGAACAAUCCAAAGAUCAUCGUUUCCGCACCAAGGUCAAGUGGGCUGAUGCCAAAGAUGGCUAUGGAGAGCAUUACUGGGAAUACAACCAUGGAGAUGGCAACGCUGCAGCCUAUCCAGCUCCGGCUUAUUCACCUCCUUCUUACACGGCCCCGGCUUACUCGGAACCUGUCGCCUCUUACCAGCCUGCCCCACAAAAAUACAAGGCCAAAAACUAAACGCUGUUAACCAACAGACAAAUUUGUCUCUUUGAAUUUCAAAUUGAAGACCAUUGUCGGCCUACUAUUGCAAAAAUUUGUCUCCGCACUUCCAGUAUUUAUUUCUUUUCCUAAGGAUGUCAUCUGCUGGCCAG